UUUGAUAAGUAAAUCAUCAACUUGUUGUAAUUACGCUGUUAAAAUAAGCUUUAAUUAAAGUAAUAAGCUUACUCGAUAGAUAUCUUGUUAGUCUUGGGACUAAUUUAUUUAACAGGUAUUUUAUUUAUUUGUUAUUGUGUGCUGGUUAAUAAGUAUACUAAAUUUCCCAAAAAUGAGUCUACAAAGCAAAAUAGUUUUAAUAACUGGUGCUAGUUCUGGGAUUGGAGCAGCUACAGCAUUAUACUUUUCAAAAUUGGGAGCUAAGCUUGCACUUACAGGUAGAAAUACUGCUAAUUUACAAACUAUCGCAGACCGAUGUGAGAGUAUAAGUUCUAACAAACCAUUUAUAGUUUCUGGUGACUUAACUCAAGAGUUAGAUACAAAACACAUAUUUGAUUCAACUAUAGCCCAUUAUAAAAGCCUUGAUGUUCUAAUUAACAAUGCAGGAAUAUUGGAAACAGGAUCUAUAGAAACUACUUCAUUGGAACAGUAUGAUCGAAUUAUGAAUACUAAUGUUCGCUCAAUUUAUCAUUUGACCAUGCUUGCUAUACCAUACUUAAUUAAAUCAAAAGGCAAUAUAGUUAAUGUAUCAAGUGUUAAUGGAGUGCGUUCUUUUCCUAAUGUUUUAGCAUAUUGUAUGUCUAAGUCAGCUUUAGAUCAAUUUACUAAAUGUGUAGCGCUGGAAUUAGCACCUAAAGGUGUGAGAGUUAAUAGUGUUAAUCCAGGAGUUGUCAUAACAGAAAUUUUAAAAAGAAAUGGCAUGAGUGAGGAAGACUACGUCAAGUUUCUUGAAAGAACAAAAGAUACUCAUGCAUUGGGUAGACCAGGAACACCAGAAGAAGUUGCUAAAGCAAUUGCGUUUUUAGCAAGUGAUGAUUCUAGUUUUUCAACUGGUAAUACACUUUUAGUUGAUGGUGGAAGACAUGUCAUGUGUCCAAGAUAGAAUUUUAAAUUGAUUUUUUAUUAAAUUCUAUUGAAAAGAUGUUUUAUCAUUUUUUUGAUUUUUACUAUCUAUAUUCUAUUAUAAAUUAUCAAUACAAUUAUAUUAUAUAUGUCAUAA